UGCAGUUCGACGCCAAGCCCAUUGCGAUCGCCGGGCAGAGAGGGAGAGAGGGAGAGAGGCUCCUCGUCGUCGCCCACUGCUCUGGAGAGCGGCCGCGAUCGGGUCGCCGUGGCUCAGCCUGAGGAAAAAGGGCUCACCCGCCGCAGAACCCGUUCGCCUUCGAAGCCCCCCUCUUCGCCUCCGCCUCCCUCUUGGCACGACCACCAAGACCUCCCUUUCUGGCAACAGAAUUGGUUCUUGUUCCUGCUCCUCGUCAUGGCCUUCUCCUUCUUUGCCCUCGCCGUCUUCCUCUACUUCGGCCUCGAGCUUCCAGAAGGAUCCCCUGCACCCGCUGCCGCCGCCGUCGAAGAAGGCGUCGAGAUAACCUACGGUAGCGUUAUUAAGUUGAUGCACGAGAAGACUAAGUUUCGGCUGCACUCGCACGAUGUGCCAUAUGGGUCGGGGAGUGGGCAGCAAUCGGUCACUGGAUUCGCCAACGUGGAUGACUCGAAUAGCUAUUGGAUUGUCAAGUCUCAACCUGAUUCAUCUGCCAAACAAGGCGAUAUAAUACCUCAUGGAACUAUCAUUAGAUUACAGCAUAUGAGAACACGAAAAUGGCUGCAUAGUCAUCUGCAUGCUUCACCAAUAACAGGAAAUUUGGAGGUGAGUUGCUUUGGAGGAGACGACAGCUCUGACACCGGAGACUUUUGGCGUUUGGAGAUUGUGGGAAAUGGGAAGACAUGGAGACAAGAUCAGCGGAUAAGGCUGCAACAUGUCGAUACAGUCAGUUACUUACACAGUCAUGACAAGAAAUAUACUCGCAUAGCUGGAGGACAACAAGAGGUUUGUGGAGUUCGCGAUAAGCGACCUGAUAAUGUUUGGUUAGCAGCAGAGGGUGUCUUUCUUCCAAUCAAUUCGAGCAAGUGAAAAUUUCAAAUUCUCGAUCAGUAUAAAACAUCAGUUACUCCUGUCUUUAGCUAUUUAUGUUGAAAAAAGGUUAUGUUAAUUGUGAGUUCUUAGUAUGCAGACCUGAACCAUCAUCUAUUUAUCAUUCAUCUCAAUCUAUCGGAUUUUACUUGUGGUUAA